AUGACAUCCACCCUCGUCCUCGCCCUCUCAUUCGCCAACUUCCAUUUCAUCUGGCUACACUACGAAGGCUUCUCGCCCGCAUCGUCCCCAAAAACCAUUCAGCGCCAAUGGCCCGACUACAACCCCACCAUGAGCGUCAACGACCGCAAAGUCAUGUGCAACGGCGGCACGUCGGCCGACCUCAGCGCAAAGGUCAAGGCCGGAGGCAAGAUCCGGGCCAUCUGGAAGCAGUGGACGCAUGAGCAGGGGCCCGUCAUGGUGUGGAUGUACAAGUGCUCUGGAGACUUUAGCAGCUGUGAUGGUAGCGGGAAGAAGUGGUUCAAGAUCGACGAGCAAGGCAUGACAGCCCCGCCUCUAUCUGGCCGCAACUGGGGCACCGCCUUUGUACUGAAGAACCUAUACUGGGAGUCCACCGUCCCGGCAUCGCUUGCAGCAGGCAAGUACCUGGUGCGCCACGAGCUGCUCGCCCUGCACCAGGAACGCAGCCCCCAGUUCUACGCCGAGUGCGCCCAGAUUGAGGUUACGGGCAGCGGCUCCGCGAACCCCAGUGGCGAUUAUCUGGCUACGAUUCCUGGGUAUGCGUCGCAGAAUGAUCCCGGUAUCAUGGUCGAUACGUAUUCGAGCUCCCAGACAACGUACACGUGUCCUGGGCCCAAGGUGUGGAGUGGUUAG